AUGCCCGGGUUUUUGGAUCUGCCGCUGGAGCUUCGCAACCAUGUUUACGAGAUGCUGCUUGGGGAAGAGCUAGAGCCUUGUUUCCGUGGGGUAAUGGUCGUGUCUGAACACUACGUGCGCAACGACUUGCCGCUUCGAUGUUACCGGGGGCUCUUGCGCGUGUGCCGGCAGACGUAUCGCGAGUUCAAGCAAGCAAUACAGCACCAAGUUGCGUCGAAGCGACUGAGAUACGAAUUGGAUAUUACGUUUUCACAUGGCCGCCCUUACUUUUCUCUGACGUGGAUACACUUCGCCGCCCUCUCGCCCACGAUUAAUCAGUUGUGCAUUAAUGUCGACUUGCGCACGCGCGAGCCACUGCGGGACGGGCCCCGAGAGUCGUUUGUGCCGCACGAACAUGAGCUGGCGCAUUUGCUCGAACACUCGCCCACCUGUUUUGCAAAGCAGCUCUUCGACUACAUUGCCAUUUUCCUAAAGACAUUGGCAAAUUUGCUCUUCCAGGGAGACCCACACUUCAGCGUCCUCUACACUGAAUCUAUGACACUGAACCUGCGUACUCCGACCAAAGUCGUCGCCCUCGGAGGCAGUGGCCACAAUCCUAUUGCGCUGUCGCGCCGCCUCCGUGUCGACCAGACCGAGGCCCGCAAGCUCCACGAUACCAUGCGCGAUACGCUGCGUGCCACGUCGAAGCAUUUCCAGGCCUUCAACGCAAAUGAGUGUGACCGUCUUUUCCCACUGAUACAGAUUGGUUCUUUGCGUUUUGCUACUGAAGGUGAAGUCUGGGGCGAAGGUCACAAUCUAGUCCUCGCACACGACGAUUUCCAGUGGUUGAGGUACUAG